UUCAGAGUCACUCACUGGCGGAGAUGAGAAGUUGCAGCAGUGUACAGAGGAUUGAAUGUGCUCCACAUCGCGCCCGGAUAUCCAUGCUCUGUGUUUGAUAUGAGCUCGGACUGUGAAAGUUACUACAGUAAAGAAAACGUGCUCGUGGAGAGCUUCACGUGUCCUAAGGCGGACAGUGACAGCUCGGCACUUUUCUGCUGUGGAUUUAGUGACUUGAAGUAUUGUUGUGAUGAUCCGAACAGCUUUUUUCCUUACGAGUAUGGAUACAUGUGGUGGUUAAGUCUUGGAGCGCUCGUUGGUCUCUCUGUAGCAGCUUUGGUUCUGCUUGCCUUCAUCAUCACUCUCUGUGUCCUCUGCUAUCUGUUCAUCACCACUAAACCCCGAGGCCUGGACAACGGGCUGCCACUCCGAGCACCAGGCGCUAGUUCAAGUCCACAAGGACCAGGGCCGAGUCUGAUCAGUGCCCCCCCAGAACCUCAGCGUCCAAGAAGACACUUUUUCAGGGCAAAGCUGGACUGUGACAACCAGCCCCCGGAGCCUGACCGCCUUUUCCAGCGUUGUUUCAUGGCUACUGUGACCUCUAUCAACGUUGAGGGUCCUGCAUAAAUUGUUGGAAUAUAAGACUAUUAGACCAGCUGUUUAUUUACUGAUAAUUAUUUAGAAGCACAUACAAAAGUUUGUCACCACUGCUUUAUUUUACCACAUAUUACUAUUUCAUGUCGGGCUUGUAUUGCCAUGUUAUCUUCUCCAGAUUCUGUGGAACUUGAUUGCUUCAAUUCUCAUGCAUUCAUUAAAAACUGCUGAUGAAGAACAAUGGAA